AUGCCCACCCUGGAGCUGGGCGAGGUUGCUCAGGUGCUGCGAUGGAUAUCACCAUCCUGUCUGGACGUGGCGGAGAGCCAGCCCAUGUCUGCCCCAUUGCCCACGUGGGGUGAUAGCAGUCACACGGGGCUGGAGCACAUGGCCGUGAGCUGCUGGCCCCCUCUGAAGUACUUCCCCGGCGACAGCGAAGUGAAACGAAGCACAGAAGCAGGUUAUGUCCACAUCCAUCUGAUGAGCCUGGCAUGGUCGCACAACUCACCAGCUGCAUCUUCUUGCCCCCGCAGAGAGCUGAAUGGCAACAACAUCACCCGUGUGGGCAGGAACGACUUCUCGGGGCUGAAGCAGCUGCGCGUCCUGCAGCUGAUGGAAAACCAGAUCAGCACGGUGGAGCGCGGCGCCUUCGAUGACCUCAAGGAACUGGAGCGGCUGCGGCUGAAUCGGAACCAGCUGCACGCGCUGCCGGAGCUGCUGUUCCAGAACAACCAGGCCCUGUCGCGGCUGGACCUGAGCGAGAACUUCAUCCAAGCCGUGCCCAGGAAAGCCUUCCGGGGCGCCACCGACCUCAAGAACCUGCAGUUGGACAAGAACCAGAUCAGCUGCAUCGAGGACGGGGCUUUCCGUGCCCUGCGCGGCCUGGAGGUCCUCACGCUGAACAACAACAACAUCACCACCAUCCCCGUCUCCAGCUUCAAUCACAUGCCCAAGCUGCGAACCUUCCGCCUGCACUCCAACCAGCUGCUCUGCGACUGCCACCUGGCCUGGCUCUCGCAGUGGCUGCGCCAGCGCCCCACCAUCGGGCUCUUCACGCAGUGCGCCGGGCCGCCCGCCCUCCGCGGCCUCAACGUGGCCGAGGUCCAGAAGAACGAGUUCAGCUGCUCGGGACAACUGGAUGCCGCCCGCGCCCCGAUCUGCAGCCUCUCGUCCGGCUCCUGCCCCGCCAUGUGCAGCUGCAGCAACGGCAUCGUGGACUGCCGCGGCAAGGGGCUGACCGCCAUCCCCGCCAACCUGCCCGAGACCAUGACCGAGAUACGCCUGGAGCUGAACGGCAUCAAGUCCAUCCCGCCCGGUGCCUUCUCGCCCUACAAGAAGCUGCGGAGGAUAGACCUGAGCAACAACCAGAUCUCGGAGAUCGCACCCGACGCCUUCCAGGGGCUGCGCUCGCUGAACUCGCUGGUCCUGUACGGGAACAAGAUCACCGACCUGCCCAAGGGCGUCUUCGGGGGGCUCUUUGCCCUGCAGCUGCUGCUCCUCAACGCCAACAAGAUCAACUGCGUCCGCGCCGACGCCUUCCAGGACCUGCAGAACCUGUCGCUGCUCUCGCUCUACGACAACAAGAUCCAGACGCUGGCCAAGGGCACCUUCUCCGCCCUGCGCGCCAUCCAGACCCUGCACCUGGCCCAGAACCCCUUCAUCUGCGACUGCAACCUGAAGUGGCUGGCCGACUUCCUGCGCAGCAACCCUGUGGAGACGAGUGGCGCGCGCUGCACCAGCCCCCGGCGCCUGGCCAACAAGCGCAUCGGCCAGAUCAAGAGCAAGAAGUUUCGCUGCUCGGCCAAGGAGCAGUAUUUCAUCCCAGGCACGGAGGAUUACCAGCUCAACAGCGAGUGCAACAGCGACGUGGUGUGCCCGCCCAAGUGCCGCUGCGACGCCGGCGUGGUGGAGUGCUCCAACCUGAAGCUCACCAAGAUCCCCGACCGCAUCCCGCAGUCCACGGCCGAGCUGCGCCUGAACAACAACGAGAUCUCCAUCCUGGAGGCCACGGGCAUCUUCAAGAAGCUCCCACACCUGAAGAAGAUCAACCUGAGCAACAACAAGGUGACGGAGAUCGAGGACGGGACCUUCGAGGGGGCGGCGUCUGUCAGCGAGCUCCAUCUCACCGUCAACCAGCUGGAGUCAGUGCGCAGCGCCAUGUUUCGGGGCCUGGAUGGGCUCAGGACCCUGAUGCUGAGGAACAACCGGAUCAGCUGCAUCCACAACGACAGCUUCACGGGGCUGCGCAGCGUGCGCCUGCUCUCGCUCUACGACAACCAGAUCAGCACCAUCACGCCCGGCGCCUUCGACACCCUGCAGUCGCUCUCGACCCUGAACCUCCUGGCCAACCCCUUCAACUGCAACUGCCAGCUGGCCUGGCUCGGAGACUGGCUGCGCAAGAGGAAGAUCGUGACCGGGAACCCGCGGUGCCAGAACCCUGACUUCCUGCGCCAGAUCCCGCUGCAGGACGUCGCCUUCCCCGACUUCCGCUGCGAGGAAGGCCAGGAGGAGCCAGGCUGCAUCCCACGGCCCCAGUGCCCGCAGGAAUGCACCUGCCUGGACACCGUCGUCCGCUGCAGCAACAAGCACCUGAAGGCGCUGCCCAAGGGCAUUCCCAAGAACGUCACCGAGCUGUACCUGGAUGGGAACCAGUUCACGCAGGUGCCAGGGCAGCUGUCCUCCUUCAAGUACCUGCAGCUGGUCGACCUGAGCAACAACAAGAUCAGCUCCUUGAGCAACUCGUCCUUCACCAACAUGAGCCAGCUCACCACCCUGAUCCUGAGCUACAACACCCUGCAGUGCAUCCCGCCGCUGGCCUUCAAGGGGCUCUGCUCCCUCCGGCUGCUGUCUCUGCACGGCAAUGACAUCUCCAGCCUCCCCGAGGGCAUCUUCGCCGACGUCACCUCCCUGUCACACCUGGCCAUCGGUGCCAACCCCUUGCACUGCAACUGCCACCUGCGCUGGCUGUCCAGCUGGGUCAAAACUGGCUACAAGGAGCCCGGCAUUGCCCGCUGCGCCGGGCCCCCCGACAUGGAGGGCAAGCUGCUGCUCACCACCCCUGCCAAGAAGUUUGAGUGCCAAGGUCCACCAGCCCUGAGCAUCCAGGCCAAGUGCAACCCCUGCGUGUCCAGCCCCUGCCAGAACCGCGGCACCUGCCACAACGACCCGCUCGGCUCCUACCGCUGCACCUGCCCCAGCGGCUACCAGGGCCGGGACUGCGACGUGUCUCUCAACAGCUGCAGCAGCCGCCCCUGCGCCAACGGCGCCACCUGCCAGCCCCAGGCCGGGGAGGGGGCCGGCUUCAUGUGCCUCUGCGCCGAGGGCUUCGAGGGGCCGACAUGCGGCACCGUCACGGACCACUGCCGGGACCACACCUGCGAGCACGGCGGCACCUGCCUGCACAGGCCCCGCAACUACACCUGCCUGUGCCCACCCGCCUACACAGGCGCUUCCUGCGAGCAGCUGGUGGAUGUCUGCUCCGCAGAGCUGAGCCCCUGCCAGCACGGCGCCACCUGCAUCGUCACCGCCGCGGGGCCCACGUGCAAGUGUGCCCCCGGCUACGUGGGCGACUGGUGCAGCGAGGACGCCGACAACUGCCAGGACCACCAGUGCCAGCACGGCGCCCGCUGCUCGGACGAGCCCAACGGCUACUCCUGCCUCUGCCUCCCGGGCUACAGUGGCCAGCUGUGCGAGAUGCCAGCACGCGCGGCUGCCCCGCCUGGCCCGUGUGACCGGGCCGAGUGCCAGAACGGGGCCAGCUGCGUGGAGCUGGGCCCCCGUGCCGUGUGCCAGUGCCUGCCCGGCUUCGGCGGCCCCAAGUGUGAGAAGCUGCUCAGUGUCGACUUCGUGGACCGCGACACCUACCUGCAGCUCACGCACCUGCCCGACUGGCCCCGGGCCAACAUCACCCUGCAGGUGUCCACGGCCGAGGACAACGGGAUCCUGCUGUACAACGGGGACAGCGACCACAUGGCCGUGGAGCUGUACCAGGGCCACGUGCGGGUCAGCUACGACCCCGGCUCCUACCCCAGCUCGGCCAUCUACAGUGCCGAGACCAUCAACGACGGGCAGUUCCACACCGUGGAGCUGGUGACCUUCGACCGCGCCGUGAACCUUUCCAUCGACGGCGGCAGCCCCAUGACCAUGGACAGCUUCGGCAAACACUACACGCUCACCAGCGAGGCCCCGCUCUACGUGGGCGGGAUGCCCGUGGACGUGAACUCAGCCGCCUUCCGCCUGUGGCAGAUUCUGAACGGCACCAGCUUCCACGGCUGCAUCCGCAACCUGUACAUCAACAACGAGCUGCAGGACUUCACCAAGACGCAGAUGAAGCCGGGUGUGGUGCCGGGCUGCGAGCCCUGCCGCAAGCUCCUCUGCGUGCACGGCAUCUGCCAGCCCAACGCUGCCCCAGGCCCUGUGUGCCACUGCGAGCCGGGCUGGGCCGGGCCCCACUGUGACCAGCCGCUCGCCAGCCCCUGCCAGGGCCACAAGUGCGUGAACGGGGUGUGUGUGCCCCUCGACGCGCUUUCCUACAGCUGCCAGUGCCGGGACGGCUACCGCGGCGCCCUCUGCAACCAGCCGGGCGAGCUGCCCAGCCCCUGCCACGGGCUGGCCUGCCUGCAUGGGCACUGCCAGGUCUCGGACCGUGGCGAGGCCUCCUGCGACUGCGAUGAUGGCUUCACCGGCGACCUCUGCGACCAAGAGUCAGAGUGCCGCGGCGAGCCGGUGCGGGACUUCCACCAGGUGCAGCGGGGCUACGCCAUCUGCCAGACCACGCGCGCUGUGUCGUGGGUACGGUGCCGCGGUGCCUGCCGGGCGCAGGGCCAGGGUCAGGGCCAGGGCUGCUGCACGGGACUGCGGCUGCGGCGGCGCAAGCACACCUUCGAGUGCAGCGACGGCUCCUCUUUCGUGGACGAGGUGGAGAAGCCCAGCAAAUGCGGCUGUGCCCGGUGCAUGUAGCUGCUGGCUGCGCCCGCCAUGGACCAGGUGUCACGGGCCAUGGCCGGACACGGACGGGCCUCAACCGCCAGGACCUGGGGCUGCGGCACGGAGCCGCCGUGUAGAUAGGGAGUUUUUUUAAGCACUGCGGGUUCACAAAGGUAUUUAUACGGCCGGGCACCCGGGACCUGCUAUCUCCUCCCCCCGUGGGUGCUGUCAGUGCCCGGCUCCCGGCCGGGAGGAUCGGCCAGUGCCCUGGUCCCUGCCUGCGGGGCUGAGUUUGGCCCUCGGGCACUGCGGGCUCCAACCCUUGUACGGGGGAGCCAGCGGAGCGGCCGGACCCCACGGCUGAGAUGGAGCAGCUCGUGCCAAGCCCGGCCUGGCUCCCUGCCCCUGCCAGACAGUACAGCGCCAGCCCUGGCCCGGCUGCACCUGGGCACUACGUGGUGGCACCGUGACCAGAGCUGCCACAGGCAUCCAGCACGCCUGGGGCAUCACCCCCAGGACCGGCUGGGCAGGGAGGUGCCAGCAUCAGGCAGGGCGGGGCUGGGCAUAUGGCCGCUCUCUAGCGCCUUGGACAGUGCCCCGGGCACCAGCUCGGGGUUGGGCCAGGCCACAGCAGGCGUCUGUGCUGGUGAUGGGGGACGGGCACGGGGCCCCACACGGCUCGGCCACCUGCAGCCAGCACCGCCUGCCGGGGAGCAGCUGCUUGCACUUGUGACACCGAUGACGCCACCUGCCCACUGGCCCCCCGCACCCGGUCCCACCACCCACAGGGCUGCAGUGGUGCCACCAGGAUGCCCGUGGGUUUGGGGGGACACCAGGAUCUCUGCAGUGGGGGUGCUGCCCCCCCUGACAGCCCAGUCACCACCUGGG